AUGGCAAACAGAGAUGAUCCGGUUGAUGGUACAGGUUCACAGCUUUCGCUUUCGAAAGAUGGCAAGCUUCGCCUAACAAACUCUGCCGGUAUAACCAGCUUUGAUUCACCAACAGAUACUCUUCUUCCACAACGAACGCUAACCAGGAUUUCAACCCAUGUAUCAAUAUCAAGCAAAGUAGACUACUCUUCUGGCUACUAUAAGCUAUUUUUUGACAACGAUAAUGUCCUUCGUCUGUUAUACCAAGGUCCUGUUGUAUCCAGUCUCUACUGGCCUGAUCCAGAGCUUAGUGAUCCUGGACAUGCCGGCAGGUCUAUGUACAACUCUAGUAGAGCUGCAGUACUGAACGAGUCGGGCUAUUUCUGGACAUCUGAUCAUUUGGAGAUCCUAGCUACAGAUUUUGGUGUGAAAACUCAGAGAAGAUUAACUCUUGAUCGUGAUGGUAACCUUCGAUUAUACAGCCUGGAAGCAAUGAAUGAGGGGUGGGAUUGGGUUGUCACAUGGCAAGCGGUGUCGGAUCCAUGCACGAUUCAUGGCAUAUGUGGGCCCAAUAGUGUUUGUAGUUAUGAUCAUGCUUUCGGCAGGAGAUGCUCUUGCUUGCAGGGAUUCAAGAUCAAAGAUCUAACUGAUUGGUCUUUUGGGUGUGAAGCAGAAUUCAAUCUCGCUUGCAAUCAGAGUCAUGAAAGCUGUCUAGUUUUGUCCAACUUUCUCAUUUUCAUUUCUUUGGCUUUGAUUUAG